UCUGAACUCUGUAUAUUUAUUCCACCGUUCUUUCCCCCUCAAUCUCUUUCUCCUCUAACCACUACCACCUCAACCAAAAAAUAGAAAGAAAAAAAAAAUCCAAAAAGAGAGAGAGAGAGAGAGAGAGAGUUUGUGAGUGACUUUCAAAAAUCGAAACGUAAACAAUGGUGUUUUACCAAACUUAAUCCAUCAUUUUCCUUUCAUCCUCUCUUCCCUCUUUCCUCUCGCUCCCCUCACCAUCCUCUAACAAUGUAAAAAAAAAAAACGUUUCUGAGUUCGUAAAAGAUUUGAGGGUGGGAAGAUAACAUAAAUGGCAACCGGUCUCCUUACUCCCGUCGUACAGUACUUGCUCCAGCUAGUCGAUGAGAAAGUAAGACUCGUUGGUGGAUUGAAUGAUCAAGUCAAUUCACUUCAGCGGGAGCUCAGUCUAAUGUCUGACUACCUGGAUCCACCCGACGGCAAGCGGAAUGCCGUAUUGAAGUCUGCAAUCGAUGAAGUCAGGGAGAUGGCUUACAAGGCUGAGGAUGUAAUCGACACAUUCAUCCUCAACACCUCAAAACACAUGAGGAGGAACGCGUUUGGGAGGAUAAUCCAAUGGCUUCCCCACGAAAAAACGCUUCUCGAUGUAGUACAGAAGAUAGAAAGCCUUAACAGAGAAAUCAAUAAAAUCUUCGAAAAUAUCAAAAAGUACGGCGCCGGUGAAAGAGCUGAAGCUAGUGUAGAUGCAGAUCAGUCCGAGGAGGCACUGCACAGAAGUAGGAGAGAAGUCGAAGAAGAUGACGUGGUGGGCUUCAACAAUAACGCAAAGGCAUUGGCGAAGCUUUUCAUUGCAAACGGUUAUGAGCUUGAUGUCAUUUCAAUCAUCGGCAUGGGUGGGUUGGGGAAAACAACUCUUGCCAGGAAAUUCUACAACACUACUCGCUCCAGGAGGCACUUCGCACGCCGUGCAUGGGUGUACGUAUCUCAACAUGACAAAACUAGACAGCUGUUGCUUAAAAUUUUGAAGGAGAUGCCAAUAUCAGAUGAGUUGAGAAGGAAGCUCGAAGGCAUGGGGGAGGGCGAGUUGAAAGAGACGCUGUCCAAAUACUUGAACGGGGAGAGGUACCUGGUAGUCAUGGAUGACAUCUGGAAAACUGAUUUCUGGGAUGAGGUAAGAUCUGUAUUUCCUAAUAACUCCAAUGGAAGUAGAAUAUUGAUCACCAGUCGUAAUAAAGCCGUAGCUUUAAAUGCAAGCCAUAGUACUCGUCUCUACAUUCUUCCAUUUCUCAAUAAAGAUGAAAGCUGGGAACUCUUUCAUAAGAAGGUAUUUCGAGGAGAAGAAUGUCCUCCCGAGUUAGAGCUUCCGGGGAGACAAUUGGCAGAAAGCUGUCGUGGCUUACCACUUUCAAUUGUGGUAUUAGGAGGCAUUUUAGCAAACGAAAAGCGGGAAUUGCUAUCAUGGUCAAAAUUUGAAGUUAUAAAUAAUAAGCUUACUCGAUGCAAAGACAUAUUGGCCUUGAGCUACACCUACCUGUCCCGGCACUUGAAACCAUGCUUUUUGUAUCUUGGUGCAUAUCCGGAAGACUUUGAGAUUCCUGUAAGGCAAUUGAUCAACCUAUGGAUAGCUGAGGGUUUCAUACAGCACACUCACAAUAUGGACCCAGAGGAUGUUGCUGAAGGUUACUUGGAGCAGCUUAUUGAUCGAAGUUUGAUCCAACUAGCUAGCAGGAGGACAGACAGAAGAUCAGUGAAGACAUGUCGUAUCCAUGAUCUUCUGCGAGAUCUCUGCAUAUCACAGAGUGCAGAAGAGAAGUUUCUCGAUGUCCAUACAGAAGGUAACUAUUCAGAAUCAUCUGCCAACAAAUCCCGCCGACUUUCCAUCCAAGGUAUCGUUGAUCCAUAUAUUUCUUCAAACUCCUCUUACCCUACAAUUCCCCGUUCCUUGUUGUUUCUUGGCCGAGAUACAAAUGAAUUUGAUAAAAAGCACUGGAAAUGGGUUGACGAAAACUUCAAGUUGAUUCGGGUGCUUAAUUUCGGGCAUUUGAUUAAUCUAUCCAUUCCCGAAAGCAUAGGAAAAUUGAUCCAUUUAAGGUACUUGGGUAUAAAAUCUGAUGCAUUGAAAGCUAUUCCAGCUUCCAUUCGCAAGCUUACUGAUCUAGAAACGCUUGACAUGAGACAUACUUCUCCGAGUAUUUUGCCAAAAGAGAUAUGGAAGCUGCGACGCUUAAGGAAUCUCUAUAUGUAUGGGCCAGUGAGUUUUCCUAACUAUUUUGACCCAAAGGAUAAACCUCUGCGGAGCCUUCACGUCCUUUCCACUGUAUCCCUUACCCCAAAAAAUGUGCUAAUUUUAGAGGCCAAUCUUCCUAAGCUAAGGAAAUUAGGAAUUUGGUUUGCGGAGGAUAGCGACAGCCAUGUUUUGAAUAGCCUCAUCCACUUACCUGAUCUUCGAAAAUUGAAAAUUAUAAAUUAUAAAGAGCGUUCUAAUGUUCCGAUUUCAUUUCCAUCAAACAUCACCAAAAUAACUUUACGAGCAGGGUACCUAGAUGUCGGUGACAGCAUCGAAGUGUUGGGGAAACUUUCGAGUCUCAUGAUACUGAAACUAGAAAGUUGCUCGCUUUCUAGUAAUCUCGAAUUCAUUGCAGGUUCAUUCCCUAAACUCGAAGUCCUGAAAUUGAAAGAAUUGACUAUUAAAGAAUGGAAACUGGAGAGAGACGCAAUGCCAUGUCUCAAGCAUUUGGUUAUCAAUCGAUGCAUUGAGUUGAUCGUGCUCCCUUUCGAAAGUUUGUGUGCUUUACAAGAUGUGGAGGUGUUACACAGCAACAUAGAAUCGGUAAUGACGCUUCAGAAAUUGCAGAAGAAGAAAUCACGGAAGAAUCUUCGAUUCAAUCUAGUGAUUGAUCCUCUCCCUGGUGACAACUUUUAUCAAAGAACCGCGGCAUCUCCUCCGGCGACUUCAUCAUAGAGCUAGCAUGCUGGACCUCGACGGAUACGAAAAUGGAGUUCCUUUCGACCGCUGUUUCAGGCUUUCCCAUUCAAUAAUUGCUGUUAUCAGGUUCAUGCAUUGAAUAGCAUGACCGGCGGUUGGCUCUCUGCAUUCAAUUUUUGUUUUUCUGGUUUGCUUCCUGUGUGGCUGUUGCUUCUCCAUUUGUAUUCUCCUCCCACUUUUUGUGGUUUCACGUACGUACUUUGUUAUCGGUGAUUAUUGAAGCAAGACUAUCAUCCAAGGUUUCCUCUUCCGUAAUUGAAAGGGUUCCUAACAAAAACAAAAGGGGAUGGAAACAUUGAAUUGUUCCUUUAGAUUUGAAUGAAUUUUCAGUAAUCUA